AUGGCUGGUUCGUCAGCCGAAACUCCUGCUUUCCUGAACACAAUCGAGGGUGAAAUAUCCUUUUUCCGCUCAAUAAUGCAUGCUCGACCUGUUGGAAUCCAUCGACACUUCCACGUCCUUACAAUGAGAAGUUCCAUCCAUAAGGACACUGGACAUUGGGUUCCUGUAGACGAGCUGUGGCAGAAACUCAGGAGUUGUUAUAAUAUAGAUGCUCUGGAUGCAAUCGAACUUGAAUAUGAGAUUGCGUUGUCCAAUAAGAUUUCUCUGCAAUCACCCUCCAUCGAUGGUCAAAAUAUCAAACACCCUUACAUUCGCGGAGAAUUUUCGCUCCCGUCAGAGCCCUCACUUGACCCACUUAUCUCAACACGUAGGGUGAAUCCAAUCGCGUCGCCACCUUCAUCUCCGGAAACAGCCGCUACGUCGCCAGCAGCACUGAAGGUAAAGCUUUCACGCUCAAGAAAAAAGAAUGCCAAAAGCAAAGCAAGCAUGGCUGGGCUUGUGGGUGGGGAAAGCGAUAGUAGUGACCUGACGGAUAGUGGUGAAGAAGGGCAAGCGCCUAGUGUUGUUACGGCAACAGACGGCGGUGAGACUGUGGAUGGGGAAGCUGACGAUGACAUAGAAAUUCGAGAUGCAACGCCAGAUACGGCAGCGGCCAAAACAGGGCGACGGAAAUCAACAACGAAGAAAGCAGCCACAACUCGUGUUCGUGCUUCCACUACAGGUUCCUCAACGCGACCGGCUAAAAAACGGAAAAGAUGA